AUGCGAGGUGGAAGUUCAGAAAGGUUGGUAGUGAGAGCCUCUCGUCGUAGGGGCGAAACCCGUGCCAAACUAACGAGGUAUAUAACGAUAUCUUUGGCAGCCGUGCUGGGGGGCGGGAGUUCAGCACUACUAUUUCUCGUCCCACUUUACGCAGACCCCGCGUUAAGUGCCUUGGCUGCAGAUUUCGAUCCGAUACCCGCAGAGUGCGUUACAGAACGAAGAGACGAUAGACUCGGCCUCGAUAAUUGUACGUGGGCGUCGUGCCGCGAGGGCUGCACUAGCGACGCGUACAAAUGUAUUCAACUACAUGUCAAAUAUAAAGCCCACUCCGACGACUGGCGUCCUGCGGUUCUCUACGUGAAUAUCAAAGGAUGCGGGUACCCUCCGGCCGUAAACUGCGAGAACUUCACGCUGAAUUAUGGUUACGUCGGGGCCAGGUACCCUUGUUAUUGGUCGCGCGCCGAUACAACCGUCGUGGUGCCCAAGUGGUCGAGGGGCGAGCAAGUUGCGAUGGUGACGAGAACCCUGGCUCUACCUUUGUUCUUGUCCGGAUGCGCCGGAAUCGGCUUGUGUGCCCUGCAUUGCGAUUGUCGUCCGAGAAGACGAAGACGUCCGCCACGGCGCCCUCCCCGCCUCCCGACGCUGUCUAUCGACGAUACGACAGUAUAUAGGCUAGCUUGA